AAACACGAAAAGUCCUGUUACCACCACGUGUGUGGGUAGUGAAAGGAAUGGCAUACGGAUUUCACUGCUACAUGGACCAGAUCUCAGCUAGAAAAAGCACACUUAAAAAUGUGAGCUGGGAUUUAAAAAGGCAGCUUUGGGAGGAGGCUUGCAGUGUGAAUUUUGGUAGGAGGAGGAAGCAGGCUCCCAGUCUUGGAUAGCAGAGAAAAGUGAAAGUCGGGAAAGAGCCUAUCACAGACAUUGAUAUCAUAAACUACAAGGACCCAGACUCCCAUAAACUGCAGGUGUGGUCGGAGCAGACAUGUGGAUAUUUGCUUUGCUUCUAGUUUUGCCGAUCCUCUUGCAUGCACAGAAUGACUGUUCCCGUGGAGCAUGCUACCCUGCUGCAGGCGAUCUUCUCAUUGGAAGAAGCAAUUACUUGAGAGCCUCCUCAACAUGUGGAAUUGAAAAGCCUGAGACCUAUUGUAGCCCAUAUGGAGAGAUGCAGAUGAAAUGCUGUCGCUGUGACUCCAGGCAGCCUUUUACAGAGAUCAGUCAUCUAAUCACUAAUGUGCUGUCUCCCACUGGCCAUCUUCGUUGGUGGCAGUCUUCCAAUGGAAUUGAUGAUGUGUCCCUGCAGUUUGAUCUGAACAAAAAGUUUCAGCUCAGUGAUGUUGUUUUGGAUUUCAGGAGCCCUCGACCAGCAAGUAUGUUAAUAGAACGAUCCACUGACCAUGGGAAGACCUGGCAGGUAUACCAGUACUUGGCUUAUGACUGUGCUGCCUCUUUCCCACACAUCAGACGGGGAAUGCCUUAUAACUUACAGGAUGUGAGAUGCCAGGAGCUUCAUGGAGACCCCACACAAGGAGGCAAGAUCCGAUUCAACCCAAUGGAACUUGCUUUCUCUGUUCCUGUGUCCCACAGUCAAAGAAUCCAACACCUUGCAGAUUUCACCAACCUGCGGCUGAAUUUUACACAGCUUGUACGACUCCCUCCCCGGAGGUAUCGAGAACCCAGUACCUUUUAUUCUGUAGAUGUGAUGCGUGUACAUGGCAGCUGUCUUUGUUAUGGCCACGCUGAUCGAUGUGUGCCAAGUGGUGCCCUGGACAGAGACUAUUAUGGCGACAUUCAGGUGUAUGAUAAAUGUGUUUGCCAGCACAAUACUGUUGGGGACAACUGUGAGCGUUGUGCUGACCUUUUUAAUGACUUGCCCUGGAGGCCAGCCGAUGAGAACUAUCCAAACGAGUGCAGAAGGUGCAACUGUAACAAUCAUGCUGACAAAUGCCACUUUGACCCUGCUGUGUAUGAAGCCAAUGGCAGAGUAAGUGGGGGAGUGUGCGACGAUUGCAGAGAAGGUACCACAGGAAAGAACUGUGAGAGGUGCCGGCCAGACUACUACAGGAAUCCCAACAGAGACAUAAGCCACAGAGACGCCUGUAUUUCAUGUGACUGUGACCCAGAGGGGAGUAUCGAUGGUGGGAGCUGUGACGAUCUGACUGGACGCUGUAACUGUAAAGAGAAUGUUGGUGGGGAACGAUGUGACCAGUGCAAGCCAGGAUACUACCUCCUGAGUGCUUCCAACCCUCAGGGCUGCUCUAAAUGUACCUGCAAUCCACAAGGGACUGAGAGAGACCAGCCAUGUGACAGUGAAACUGGUCAGUGCAGGUGUCUUUCAAAUGUCGCUGGGCAGCAGUGUGACCAGUGUGCUACACACCAUUGGAAUCUGCCCAUUGGGCGAGGCUGUGAGAGGUGUGGGUGUCACCCUAGGAACUCUUACAGCCUUCAGUGUAACCAGGCUACUGGGCAGUGUCUUUGCCGGGAAGGAUUUGGGGGACGGUACUGUACAGAGUGCCCUGAUAGGAUGUAUGGCAACCUACAGACAGGAUGCAGAGCAUGCAACUGUGACUUCCAAGGCACACUUGAGCAAGGCUGUGACAAGGCGACUGGCAGGUGUCUGUGCCGACCAGGCAUUACUGGAACUCGUUGUGAUUCAUGCCAACGUGGGUAUUCUGACCCCUUCCCUACUUGCAGAGCCUGUCACCAAUGUUUCCACUUCUACGACUAUCAAAUCAAUUCAUUGAGUUCUCAAACCCAAUCACUGCAUAACAUGACUGCUGGGCAAGGCCAAGAAUCUGAUCUGGGGCUGGGACCACGCAUGGCAGGAGUUGAAUCGGCACUUCAGCGUGUUCAGAGAAUUUCCACUGGAACACCCAUCUCAGAUAAUGAGCUGUCACAUGCAGAAAAUCAGCUUUCCAGGAUGAGAGGUGAUGCACAGCAGCUGAAUUCUGACCUCCCAGAUCCCGAGAGUUUUGCAUCUCUUUCAAACAAUUUACAUUCACUUCGGGCUCAGUUUAACAGAAUAAAUAUACUUUACCAGAGCAAAAAGGAGCAACAUAGCAGUUCCAUCAGCAGUGAUGCCUCAGGUAUAUUCAGGGUUGUAAACAGUGCCUACCAAUCAUCAUUGGAGUCAGCUAAGAGUGUUGCCGCAGCAGAAGGUGUUGUAUCUCAAUCCAAAGAAAGCAGGAGAUUGGCAAUGGGACUAGAAGGAAAAUCUACAGAAUUACUGGCUGAUCUUGAGACACUCAAGGAAGAGCUGUCCUACCCAAACCUUACUCCAACCAUCAACAGGAUCUGUGAAGGUUUGCGCAUGGAUCCCUGCACCCCUGAAGGGUGCCCUGGACCUGUAUGUCAAAGAAACAAUGACUCUCUGUGUAAGGUGGGAUCUCCCUGUCGCGGGGCUUUCCCUCUAUCUAGCAAUGCCUUGAGGACCACAGAGAAAACUGCUAAAGAUCUUCAGGACAUUAACAGCAAGCUACAGAAAAAUGCAUUAAUGAUUCAAGAUGCAGAGAAAACUGCCAGUCAGAUUCAGGAUAAUGCCCAGCAACUGACAGAACAGGUCAGCAGGGCCAGAACUCGCAUGGAGGAGGAUAUGGGAUACUCACGGCAGUUCAUACAGCAAGUCAGAGAUUUCCUGACAGAGCCUUCAACUGACCCAGCUACAAUUCAAGAAGUCAGCGAGUAUAUUUUGUCGCUCAAAUUACCUACAGAUGCCUCCUCUAUCCUGAGGAAGAUGAACGAGAUUCGCGCCAUAGCAGGAAGACUCCCGAAUAUCGACAGUGUGCUAUCCCAGACCAAAGAUGAUAUAGCAAAAGCCAAAAAACUUCAGAGUGAGGCUGAGAUUGCCAGGAACAAAGCCAAAGAUGUAGAAGAUGGAGUGAAUGGGGUAAUUAUGAACCUUGGUCAAGCAAAGACAGCACUUCAGGAAGCUGAGGACAAGAUCCGUGGGUCUAGCUCAUCCUUACAACAGAUCCAGAACCGCAUGCAAGAGAUUGAAGAUGUUUUAGGCCCUGCUGAAAGAGGACUGACAGACAUGCAUGAUCAGAUUCAGCAGUUCACAGCACAAGUGGGGAAACUACGUGAAAAAACAGCAGAGAACCAGCGUCUGGCAGGUGAAGCCCAUCAGGCUGCCCAGGGAGCUAAUGGGAAGGCUCUUGAAGCACAACAGGGUCUGGAAACUGUAAAAACAAAAUACGCUCUGCUUAAUAGCCGCUUAAGUCAGUCCUCCAAUCUAGGAGAACAAGGAGAGAAGAUAGCCAAUAUUAAGAUGGAAGCAGAUCGCCUCAUCCAGGAGACUAUACAAAUGAUGAAUAAAAUGAAAGUAAUUGAGACUGAGUUGCAAGGAGGAACGGAAACACUGCUGAUGAAAUUCUCCCAACUGAAGGGCUUGGAAGAAAAGGCCAGGUUCAUCCGAGAUAAUAUCAAUGAAAGGGCCCUCUUCUACGCAACCUGCAAAUAGAGCAAUAUCAAUGUCUGCACGACUGCAUUAUGUGACUUGCAUGACAACCAGCAAGUACUUUUCUAUCAUCCAGUUUCUAAUGUGUGUCCUUUGGAAGAACAAUAUCUAAGUGGCAAGUGACAGAAACCAGAUAUUGAUGCCAUUCCCAGACUCAGAUCGUAACUAAUGAAUUCCAAGCAAAUUCUGUAGGUUUUUAACAGAUUUUGUUCACCUGAUUCUAUUUUGCAUACAUUUCUGUAUAAAUCCAAUGUUCUAUUGAGACUUUGCACAUUAAGGUCCAUUUCUCAUAUGGGGAGGGGGUAGUCAAUGUGCAAUUUGUAAUGGUGUUUGGCCAAAAUAUACCUGCUCCCCCCAGUUGUUGCAUGUGUUCCCCUUCCGUGCUCUUUCCUUACACAUCAUUCAGAAGAUACAAGAAAGGAAAUCCAGGGAACACAAGGCACUCCCUAGUCCUGGGCAUAAAGCAUGCUUAUAGCAGGGACUAUGUACUUUGUUCCCUUGCAACCAUGAGUGCAAUGCUCUUCAUAUUGUGAUAGUGUAAGGUUGCAGCUCGUCUACAUCAAUGCCCUGCGCAACUAAUAUGUGCAUUGCAUACUGAUGGGAACAAUUUUGCAUAAAUUACCAUUCGUAGCCAAGAUUUUACAGAACUUUUUAUUAGUACACUGAGUAAAAAGGCACAACUGGCAAUGAAAAUGUCAUUAUUAGUCAUGGUCAUCAGUUACAGUAUCCAUGAACCAUGAAAAAUGUUGUAAUAAAAUAUGUAUUUAUUGUAUGGUGUUUCCAUUUUAAUUAAAGGUGCUUAUUUAGUGGAAAACAGAAGCUUUAGUUAUGACCCUGAAGCCAGAACCAAACCUUCCAGCAAGAGUGGGAAUCUGUAAACAUACAUUCUAAAUUGCACUAGUUCUAGAACACACUUGAGCUCUUUUACUAACAAUGGUCAAAUUUGCACUAGUGCAGUAACCCAUGGCAACCUAGCAAAUGUUUCAUUGAACCUCCUGCAGCUGUCUCCAGGAGGAGACUGAUUGGUUGGCAUGAGUUGCCACCCAGGUGCUAAUUAUCCAGUCUUGAGCUAUAAAGCCAGAAGUAUCAAUUGUGAGGCAUGCCUGCAUUUCUGGUGAAGCACAAAUGUAGCAGUAUCUGCUGCCAUUUUGUCCCAUUUAAAUGUGCAUAAAGACUGCUACUUACUUACUGUUUUUCUGUGGUUAUAAUCAGCAUGUGAUGACAAUAAAAAAAUACAA